CCGUGUCAAUAUGAGCGACUUUAAUAUUAAAAGACCAUUCCUUACUGUCUUAUGAGAUCACAUAUUACUUGAUGCCGUAGGUCUAUUAGAAGCGCUAAAUAUAAUUGGAGACAGCGUUGUCAUAGGUGGAAUGAAGUCUACCAUAGACUUGGAAUUUCAGGAAUUACUGAGCGUUAACAAUUAAAUCGUGUGUCAUUCUGUUACUGGAGGAUUACAUGACAUCAAGGCAUUCGUAGGAAGGUAAUAGAUACCGAAUGAAGGAGAGAAUUUGUUCAGAUUCUGUUGUAGCUUGAGUUGACAAUGAUCGCAGGCGCCAUUGUAUACGAAGGGCCAGGAGAGACGUGAGAAAGAUGACAAAGAAACGUGAAUGCACGACAAUCGAUUAAUUCUUGCCUGAACCAACAACAUAAAGAGACGUCAAGAAAUGCUCAAAGGUCUUCAUUUCUCAACUUCAUCAAUUCUGACCGCCGACAUUUUUCUCUGAACUAUUUUUUCCUAAAGCUGGACUUACAGAUUUUGCCAUGUUUUGAAUGCAAGGAUUGAAUUAUACAGAAUGACCGGAACUUGAAAAUAUAUAAUAAAUGCCAGCGCACAGGCGUACUGAACUAAUACAAAAGAUAACUAAACAAAUAAUUCAAACUGUAUCGCAAACACAGCGUUUUUCUUGUUGAUUAACAUCCAAUGUCGCAGCUAUACUGGACUUUUACAAAAAUAUGUUAUAUAAAUAAAAGAACCAAACGGAAAUGAAUACAUACUUUAUACUUACCGACCGGUUACGACGUAACUUCCAACAUUGUCUUAUGCCUGUCUGAGGUCUCAUACUUACAGUAGAUACAGAAAGAAUUAGAAGUAGUGUUGUUGAUUCCUGGCCUAAACAUUAUAAAAGAAUCCCUGAACCUGUAUUCUCUGUAAUUUAGUGUCACAACUCUGCAUCUUCACUGUAACAUUAUUUCUUGAUUGUGUUCUUGGCCAGACGUGACGUUUUCUAUUUCUAACGUAAAGAGAACGAAAUUACUAACCAAAUUAUUAUAACUGACGAUUAUCAAUACUUGCCGUGAUAGUGAUUGAUUAAUGACUUUCGGAUUUAUCGAUAAUAAAUUACCCAUCCACAAGUUUACCAAAUAAAAGAAUUCAGUUGUUAAAAGGGGACUACCGUUGCCCCCGUGUGUUUAUUUUGAUAUUUUGGACUUACAAUGCACACGGAUUAAUAUACUUUCAGACAUAAAACAUCAAGCAAGACUUUAUGAAGAAAGAGUAAAAAGAAACGCAAUAAUGUCGAAAUUUACCGAGGAAAUUAAGCGUUAUUAUUCGUGUCGAUGGAGAUUAUGCUAUGCUUGUGGUGUGGCUUUUCUUCUGCUUCAGACUUUGAGAGUCGAUCUAAGUAUGGCUUUUGUAUGCAUGUUGAAAACACCCAAUCGUACAACUGAGGAAGUUAACAAUUCUACAAACGACCAACUUUGUUCUGGUUUGCAAAAUCAUUCAACAAACCAAACUUUCGAAGGAGAAAUCGAAUGGAGCGACACACUUCAAUCUAACAUGUUGGCUGGGUAUUUUUAUGGGUAUAUGGUGACUAAUAUUUUGGGUGGAUUUUUGGCAGACAAAUAUGGUGGGAAAAGAGUUCUAGGAGGUUCACUACUUUCGGCAUCCAUCCUGACCAUUCUUCAUCCAAGUUUAUCUCGAAUUAGUGGUUAUUUUACUCUGAUUCUAAGGAUAUUAACUGGCGUCGUAUCGGGGCCAAUGUCCUCAGCAAUUCAGUCCUUAUUUGGACGCUGGGGACCACCCCAAGAGAAAGGAUUAUUAAUAGGGUUUGCAUUUGCAGGUCAAAUUCUAGGUAGCAUUGUAGGUCUUUCAAUAUCUGGUUUUCUUUGUGAUUAUGGCUUCGAUAAUGGAUGGGGUUCCAUAUUCUAUGUAUUUGGUGGAUUAUCGUUGGUGUUUAGUUGUGUGUGUUUUUAUGUUGUUCACGAUAAUCCAAACGGUCAUCCCACGAUCAGCGAAGAAGAACUUUCUUAUUUAAACAAAAGUAUAAAAUGUCGAAAUGUAGUUAAGAAAGUACCAUGGAAACAGUUGGUGUUAUCACCUGCUGUCUGGGCAAUCAACUUUGGUUUGUUUUCCUAUGCCUGGACAAGUAUAUCUUUCCAGGUAUUGCUCCCUCUAUAUAUGAAAGAAGCCUUAAAUGUUAAAACAACGUCCAAUGGUUUAAUGUCGUCUGCCCCUGCCAUUGGACAAGUCAUUGCUCUUCCGUUGUGUGGAAGAUUUGCAGAUUUUAUACGUUCAAAGAAAUAUCUCUCAACUCGUGCUGUGCGUAUUUUAUUCCAGACUUUUUCUAUGGUAGCAUCAGCAAGUCUGCUGGUUGUGAUAGGAUUCCUCAGAUGUGACCAAACCGUUGUAAUAACUCUCCUUUUGUUUCUCAGUGGAAUAAUAAUAUCAUUUACCAGUGGCGGUGUUCUUGUCAACAAUAGUGACAUUGCUCCAAGUUAUGCUGGUAUUGUGUUUGGAAUCGCGAACACUUUUGCCUCAACGUCGGGCAGUAUUAGUUCCUUAACUACAAAAGCUCUCACCCCAAACGGUACACUCGAAGAAUGGCAGAUCGUGCUUGCCUUAUGUGCUGCUAUAUGUGUAUCUGGUGCGAUAUUAUUUGCAAUAUUGGUAAAAGCUGAGAUCCAAGACUGGGCAAUUUCUGAAGGGUCAGGGUCAUCUGUUCAUCCCAGCGGCACAAACAGAAAUGUAGCGGCUAAACUAGUUUAGUGAAAUAUUUUGCUAGAUUGCUUGUGGCCUCAUUAUUAUCACUUACUGUUACA